UUAAAAGAAAAAGCCAUUCCCCAUCGUCCAAGCGGCGACGUGGAUGACUCACUCUCUCCUCUCCGACGACUCCUCGGAGAUCGCGGUCGCCGUCGCUGCUGAGAUCGCCGGCGCGGCGGUCCGGCCGCACGCGCGAGCGGCAGGCAGGAUGGCACCGCUGCUGCUCGCCGCGCUCCCGCAGGAGCUGAUGGUGGACAUCCUGCUCCGCCUCGACGACAUGGCGGACCUCGCCCGCGCGUCCUCCGCCUGCAAGGCCCUCCGCCGCCUCGUCGUCUCCGGCCCCUUCCUCCGCCGCCUCCACGCGCUCCACCCCCGGCCCGUCCUCGGCCUCCUCGACCUCUCGGGAGACGUCAGCAGGUCCGGCUUCAUCCCCGCCGAGCCGCCCCACCCCUCCGCCGCCACCGCCGCCGCCGUCGCGCGGGGGUCCGACUUCGCCUUCUCCUUCCUCCCCGGCGGCCCCGCCGGCUGGCGCUUCCGCGACUUCCGCCACGGCCUCGCCCUCUUCUCGUCCUACAGCGUUGUCGCCGACUGCGGCUGCUUCCACCGCCUCGUCGUCUGCGACCCCUUGCGCCGGCGCUACGUCCUCAUCCCGCCUAUCGACGAAGACCUAGCGGCCCCGAUCCGGGACCUCCGCCGCGCCGCCGUCAGGGAUUCCGACUACUUGGUUUCUCCGGCCGGCCGGGAGGGUUUGUCAUUCAGAGUCAUCUGCAGACCCAAGGUGCCGGAAGAGUGUGACGUCACCGUCUUCAUCUUCUUCUCCGGCGCCGUCGUCUGGCGCGCCGCCACAUUGGCCGCAUCCCGUGCCACCACCCAAUUGUCCUCCCCCCAAUUCGUGCACUGCUACAUCUACUGGAGGACCCCUCUCAGGGACAGAUUGCUGAUGCUUGACACUCGUGAGAUGGACUUCUUCUUCCUCAGGUUCGAGCCCAGAGAUGUGCACCUUCAGGCAAUUGGGGAGACAGAUGAAAUCGGCAGGAUUGCGGUGUUCAACAUGGAUUACCAUCAGCAUGGCAGGGUGGAGCUCCUCUCCAAGGAGAUCAGAGGCGGCGCCGAUGCACGGUGGCGGCACGACAGGACUGCCCAAUUGCUCCCUGGCUACAAAUGGAGGAUUGUGAGGUUGGCUGAAGGUUACUUGCUGCUGCAAGGGGUUCUGUGUGGUGGCCCCUCACGGUUCACCUUGGGUACUCAAUUGCACUACUUCACACUUGAAAUCAAGACGUUUAAGCUUGAGAGGCUUUGUACCCCACAAUUCCAAGGCUGCAUUCAUCACCCUAAAUUUUACGCGGACAGACUUUGCUUGUACAGAUCCUUCCCGCCACCGUUAUCGCUUUCAAGUAUAUGAAAAUGACUUGCAAAGUGGGGCAGAGCAGCUUCGGUUGUGAAGAUGUGUCUGACGACGCCAUGCGAGACCAUCUGCUGCUAACUGUGUUGGCAUCGAUAUGUACAGUCUGUACCAGCUAGUUCGAUCGACUGUUUCAUUUGAAUUCCGUAGCUGUUUAGCUUCUGAAGUCUUGCUACUCUUGCCCUUUUUUGCAUUCUGCAAAUAAAAUAAGUAAAUUUAGCUAUUUAGGGUUGGAUGACAGGUGUCUUAGGUUACAUUUUGAGACGAACGAGGUUAGUUUGCAAAGCAAGGCAUUCAGGCUCCACAGCUCUGAUACGUGAUGCAGCACUACAAUGCAUAUAUGCUCGAUCUUGUUA